AUAGCAUCACGCUCAACUAAAGAACCAGAGAAAAGAAUUAUGUUAAAUUUCAUUUCGGGGCUAUUGUCAAGAUACUUUGAAUUUGAAUUGAAAUGCGAACUAGUAUAAAAUUUGCUCAAAUAAUUAGUGGAGUUGAAUAAUUGUGUUCUAAAGUGGUGCAAAUUAAAUACUAUAAGUUGUAUUUAAGUCACUUGGCAUCAGCGCCCUAUAAAACAAAUCAAGAAAACUUUCCACUGUUCCAUGUGGGAAAAGAUGAAUAUGCGGCCAUUAAAAAGGCCUCGCCUGGGGCCUCCCGAUGUAUACCCACAAGAGGCAAAGCAACGGGAAGAUGAGCUCACUUCUACUCAUGUUAAACACGGAUUUGCGACAGAGCAUAAGCUUUCAGAAGAGUUUGGCACAGCUAGAAAUUGCAAUGUUACUGCGAGUAAAGUUGGGGCAUAUUUCAGUGCAAUUUUAGCACGUAAAGAAGAACUUAUGACUCUGCCAGACUCUGGAAGGAAGAAGCAACAGAUAAACCCGAAAGAUAAUUUUUGGCCAGUAACAGCAAGGAAUAAAGCAACAUUGGAUACGUGGUUCAAAGAUUUGGCAGGUACCAAACCAUUGAGUAGCUUGGCCAAAAAGGCUCCAAGUUUUAAUAAAAAAGAAGAAAUAUUUGCGAUGCUCUGUGAGAAUCAAGUGACUAUGCAAAGAGCAGCAUGGUUUAUUAAACUUAGUUCCGCGUAUACCGUAGCAGUUUCAGAGGCAAAAAUAAAGAAACGACAGAUGCCUGACCCAGCGACUGAAUGGACUGGAACAUUGAUAAAAUUCAUAAAAGAUUUGGUCCCAAAACUACUUGAACACUAUCAUCAAGGUCCCACAACAGAGAAAAAUUCAUCAGCUGCAGCUGCACCUGGCGGAAUGACACCAAACUCUGCCAUGAACAGUAGUAAUCUUACAAUUCCAGCACCAAUGUCAAGCCCUGCUGGUAGUCUUCAUAGUCCAGCUAGUUCUAGCCUUGGAAGCAAUACAUCUCAGAUGCAGAACCAAGGACCACCUCCAUCUCCCUUGGAAGAACAAAAGCUUGCACAAAAGCAAUGGAAUUAUUGCACUCAAUUAUGUAAAUAUUUAUAUGAAGAGGGAUUACUUGACAAAGCUGAAUUCUUAAAUUGGAUUUUGGAUUUGCUCGACAAAAUGAAGUCUCCCCCAUCUUCUGAUGAUGGAAUUCUGAGGAUAUACAUUCCUUUGGCUAUUCAGUAUUUGUCAGAUUUUGUUCGAUCUGAACGUUUUUCACGCCGCUUAGCAUAUGCUGCAUGCAAAAAGUUAGCCCACUUGAUCAAUGCAAUGGCUGAAAGCCAUAAUUUAAACAUAAGUAGUCCGGACACCUUUCAAGCAAAACCAACUUUGCUAGAACAAGAUAAAACUGACGAGAAGAAAUCUGGUGAAACUGAUAUAAAAAUGGAGGGUGCUUCUCGCAUAAAUCCGUUUGAUUCUAUUUUUUCGGAAUAUAUGACAUGCUCCCAUCACCGUGAUAUUGUUAUGCAACUAUCUUCAAUAAUUCAAGUAAUAACACUGGAGUGUCCAACGGCAUUAGUAUGGUCUGGCAUUGGGGAAACGCGUUCAUCAUCUGUUCUUGCUGGUAGCCCACUAGAUCAUCUUCCUAUUGCGCCUUCCAGUCUCCCAAUGCCUUCACGUAGUGAAAAAUCAAAUGAAGUUGUAAGGAAGAAUUUGUUACAGGCAGAAGAAGGCAUUAGAAUACGUUCAAGACAUGCCGAGUCUCGCUGGUGCAUCGAUAAAUGGCAAACAGCUGCCGGAAAUGAAAGUUUAAAAAUAUUAACUGUUUUAGAUGCUCUGGAUGGUCAUUGCUUCGAUCGUAUGGAUACGAAUAAUUCGCUCGAUACUUUGUAUCAGAAAAUUUUCCCACCUUUUCAGAUUCAGAAAGAAUGUACAAAUAAUACCAGUAGUAAAGACAUCGGCAAAUCAGCGGAAUAUAAUGCCGCACAGGAUGAAUCCAUUGUCAAGAUCUUAUGUGAAUGGGCUGUAUCAUGGCAGCGAUGGGGAGAACAUCGAGCGAUGGCUGUCGCUUGGCUAUUGGAUAAGCGCCAGAACGAUGUUUUCGCAACAUAUGAAAAUGAAAGUGGAAAUAAUGUCAAUUCAUCCGACGACAAAGACUCUGUUAUAUCCGGUGGCAGUCCUGGAGGAGGAUUACCUAUUUUCCAGAACAUUCUGAUGGAAUUUCUGGACACUGAUGCUCCCACAUUGGAUGGGUAUGGCACCCAACAGAACAGAAGUCAGUUUACCAAUCUGAUACAUUUGUUUAGUGAAUUAAUAAGACAUGAUGUCUUCUCGCAUGAUGCUUAUAUGUGCACAUUAAUAUCACGAGGUGAUUUAUUGACCGGAUCUGGAAUGUCUGUGCUUGAAGCUCAAUCAAAUUGUCCUGGAUUGAUAACUGGACCUAUUUCAAAUAAACCUGCGACAACAUCACCAAAUAUGAAUCAAAGUUUGGACGAAGAUGUAAUGCAGAAUGAUUUCAAAGCUAAACUGGAAGAUUUAGACGAUUCAAAUGUUGAUGACGACUUGGAUAAACUAUUGCAGCACAUCAAGGAAGAUCAGCAAAUUUCAAUGGAUGCACCUGAUAGCCCGAAAGACCCAGAUCACACUGCACCGCAUACUAACGCUUCUAACAACAAAUCUGAGUUUUCAAGUCGUCAUUUUUUGUACACGGAACAUUUUCCACUAUGUCAAGAUGAUCCAAUAUCUCAACAUGAUUGUAAUCAGCGCUACAUACUUCUCUAUGGCGUUGGGAAAGAACGUGAUGAAAAAAAGCAUGCAGUGAAAAAAAUGACCAAGGAGAUCUGUAAACUAUUCUCGAAAAAAUUCAGUAUUGAUGUCGCAGAAGGAGGAAAAGUGAAAAAACAUUCACGAAAUGAAUUUAAUUUUGAAUCAACCUCCAACAAAUGUCAGUCAAUGUCAUAUUUUGACCAACACGUUGUCACUUGGCAAUGUGCAGUUCAAGUUCAAGAAAUGUUAAAUAGCUUCGCCCUAGGCAAUAGUAAUUAUCUUCCUGUACAAGAACAUAUUGCCUUCUUGUUUGACUUAAUGGAAUCUGCAUUUAACAUUUAUAGUCUGAUUGACACAUGCAUUCAAAUAUUAAAGGAACUUCCUGAAGUAGAGUUGCAACUCAUGAGCAAGAACUCUGUACUGGUCAAAAAUUAUACAACGUCACUAAGCCUAUACGUCGUUGGAGUGUUGAGGCGGUAUCAUUGUUGUUUACUGUUAUCUCAAGAACAAACCAUAGCCAUUUUCGAAGGGCUUUGUAGAAUUGUUAAGCAUGUAACCAAUCCUAGUGAUUGCAGUUCAGCAGAACGAUGUAUUCUUGCAUACCUGUACGAUUUAUAUUCAGCUUGUGCUUCCCUCAAAACUCGACCUCAGCAGGAGCAGGCAUUCAACAAUGCUUAUCCGAAAAUUAAACAAGCACUUUAUACGCCACUACAGCCAUCACCUUCAGCUCACAUAUAUAACCCUCAGUUCAUGAUUGAGGUAAUAAAUUCUCCAAAACGAGGUGGGAAAAUAGAGCCUUCUUGGGCUCGCCAGCUAAAUGAAUCGGCAUCCAAUAGGUACAGUUUUGUAUGUAAUGCCGUAAUUGCCGUUACAGGAGACAUAGAUAAUGAUACUCUGAAUGAUAUAGCAGCUAUGUGUGCUGAAUUGACAGCUUGCUGUAAUGCCUUGAGCACUGAGUGGCUAGGUGUACUGAUCGCUUUGUGCGGAUCUAGUAAAGAUGCAGGAUAUUACGUCGAUGUCAUGAACCAAGUAAAUAUCAAAAAUACAAAUAUUCACAACGCUUUGUCGGUAUUUACGAGUAUUUUAGUAGCCAGACAUUGUUUCUCUCUGGAAAAUUUUGUCGCCCACGUUGCAUUGCCAGCGUUGGUGCAAGCCUGCAAGGGACGUAGUGAAACCACUUUAGAGAUAGAAGCUGGAGCGCGCUUGUCUUGUCAUCUACUUUUGAGGUUGUUUAAAAUUAUUGAGAGCCCCCAGCCUGGAUUGUACUCAGUGAGUACAUCGCCAAACCCUAUAUCCAUAACAGGACAAGUUCACAAUAUAAAACUUAGUUGUGACAGACAUCUUCUAGCUGCAGCUCAUAAAAAUAUCGGUGUUGCUCCAGUCUUAGCGGUUCUGAAAGGAAUACUGGUGGUGGGUGAUGCUACUGCACAGAAGACACAGUCUUCCAUAUUUGGCAAUGAAAGACGUAGUGGGCUUAAUACGCCUGUUCAUCCAGGUAGCACCCCAAAACAUGCAGGAGACUUGAGCCACAUUCUGGGAACCAGUGAUCUUUCAGUUUUGGGUAAUACAGAUGAAUCAAUGCUGGACCUAACGCAAAACAAUACUAAUCAGGAAACUUCAACCAGCCUAUCGGACUUCGCACAGCAUGUAUUACGACAAAUUUGCUCACAAGAAUGGGUUCUGGAACGAUGUCUUCAAAAUGCCGAAGAAUUAUGUCAACAAGGAAUGUUAAUUGACAAUAUGUUGACUGCAAAACAAGCUCAAAGGCUUUUGCAUAUGAUUUGCUAUCCAGAAAAUGAAUCAAUAUUAAUUGCUGAAAUGGACCAGAGAGCUAUAAUUGUUAGAAUUUUAGAAAAUCUUGAACAAUGGUCAUUGAGAAUAUCAUGGCUGGAUCUACAGUUAAUGUUUAAACAAACGAAUUGCAGUUCACCAGAGCUUUCUAGCUGGCUUGAUAUGGUAGCCAGAGCGGCGAUCGAUGUAUUCCAAGUACACGAAUGCAAUAUAAUGAACACAUCUGCGCAAAAUAUAUCUAACCCAAGACCAAAAUCAUCGAUUUGGUUGGUCGCUCCUUUGGUUGCUAAGCUUCCUAGUGCUGUACAAGGAAGAAUUCUAAAGGUUGCUGGGCAAGUACUGGAAAGUACAAAUAUGUUUAGUAAAUCCAAGGAAAGUGGAUCUGCAAACAAUAGCGGCUUGAACAGUCAAGAUGGAAAUAGUAACAGUUCGAUAAGUUCAAGCGGAAGUGACAUGGCUAGCAAACAAAGCACACAGCUGAACCAUCAACCAUUUCUGGGAUUAGUGCUGACAUGCUUGAAGGGGCAAGACGAGCAAAAAGAGGGACUACUGCAAAGUCUGUAUACUCAAUUAUCACAAUUUGUACAGAACAGAGAGAUGGAAAUGGUUGGCGGAAUAGAUGAUCCACUAGGUUUCGAGAAAAUGUUAGAUGCAUUACAGUUACGGUAUUCUCUUGUCGGAGGAUUGUUUGACGCAAUUCAAAAAAAUUCUACUUCAACUAGUGACUGGGCUAUACUUUUCUCUCAGCUAAUAAGCCAAGGCGUAAUUGAUUUGAGUAAUAAUUCCGAAUUGUUUACUACUACUUUGGAUAUGCUGGCUACCCUCAUCCAUUCAACCCUUAUGUCAGAUAGCCAGUCAGAGCGAGAUGAAACAAAAAAACAGUAUACAAAUUUAAUGAAAAAAUUGCGUAAGGAAUUAGGAGACAAGAACAACGCAUCCAUCAAAUUCGUCCGACAAUUACUUCCUCUUGCCAAACAAACAUGUGAAGUAAUUGCAUGUGAACCAGCUGGUAGCUCCAUUGAUGCGAAAGGAAAUAAAAUUAGCAUCGAUAGUAUAGAAAAGAAACAUGGUUUAAGGCUGGCAGAUAAGCAAAGAGUUAGUGUUUGGGAUUUACUUGAAGGUCAUAAAAAUCCCGCACCUCUAUCAUGGGCGUGGUUUGGCGCUGUUAAGAUUGAACGGAAACCUCUGGCAUAUGAAGAAACUCAUAGAUUAUUGAAGUAUCACACGCAUAGUCUUGUGAAACCAAGUAGUUAUUUCUAUGAACCAUUACAAUUACCACCAGAAGAUCUGGAACCCUUACCAGAUAAAAUCAAAGAUGAUAUGAAAGCAGAUACCCCAACAUCAGAACAAUCACCAACUCCCUCUGGUAAAAAGGGCAAAUCACAAGCCCGGAAGCGGAAACAAAAAGGUACAGCUGCACCACAAAAUCAUUCUCAACCAGGACAAAUGCAGUCAUUGUCAGGCCAACCACAAAUUGGCCAUCAACCAGGCCAAUCGUCAAAUCAACAACAAUCUAACCAUGGACAUCCACAACAGCAACAACAACAACAGCAACAACAGAUUAGUAUGACUCCCCAGCAAACAAUGCAGCAACUUCAAAAUGCAAACAUGAGUCAAAUGCAGUUGGGUAAUAUUAACAUAAACCAAAUGAAUCCUCAGCAUGUACAACAACAAUAUCAACAAACAAAUCAGAAUCAAAUAAUGGUACAGCAAAUGGCCCAACAACAAGGUGUAGGCCCAGGUGUGCAUACUGGAGCAAUGAGCGGAAUGAUCAGUCAACAGCAACAAUCUGUUUCAAAUCAACUAGGGUUUGUUAAUUCCGGUAGUGGAGCUGUAAACCCAAUGGCCAACCAGAUAGGCAAUCAAAAUGUUGCUGGUAAUAAUCAACCAUGGGGAGGCUAUGCUUCUAUGCAACAACAAACACAACAACAACAGCAAAUGUUCUAUAACCAGGGCAUAGGUCAGCCAACAAUAAAUAGAUUUGACAGACCUCAACCGAAUGCCAAUCCCAAACAAAUGUUGUCCAAUAUGUUACGAGCCCGGGGGGUAAGUCCAGGCGCUGCUGGAUUUAUGCAACAAGCUCAACGUAAUCCGCAACCUUUUAUGCGAGGACCAAUUCGACCCGGAAUACCAAAUCAAAUGGCAACUGGUGGAACGCUAAUGGUAUCUGGAGGUAGCAUGAUUCAAACAAAUAUGAUAACACAACAAGGAUCAGGUAUGGUCAAUCAAGGUUUAGGCAAUGCAACAAUGGGCAACACAUUAAUUGGUCAAGGCGCUGGGAAUUCUAAUCAGAGUGGAAUUGGAAAUCCGGCGAUUAUGGGAAUGCAAAACAUCCAACAAUCCAAUAACAUGAACACUGGCAUGGUAAACCAAAACAUGAAUCCAGGCAUGGGAAAUAGUGGAAUGUUAGGACAAAGUCAAGGUGCUUCAAACAAUGGCACAUUAAAUAAUUCAGGCAUAAUGGGAAUGCAGAAUAUACCCCAGAGUGGAAUGCAGUCUGGAAUGUUCCAAGGCCAGGGUGGUCCAUACCAAAACAUGAAUCAGAAUUAUCCAAAUUAUGGCAAUCAAGGUCUUGCCCAACAAGGUGCACAAAAUAUGAUGAACAGUUUUACCCAGAUGGGACAGCAAAGAACUUCUCAACAAGAGUACAUGGCACAGCAACGGGCAUUAGCAGCACGUGGUGGUCAAUAUGGCCAACAUACUCCUAAUGUAACUAUGAACAAUAUGGUAAAUCAAGGGUCUGUACCGCCUUAUCCACGCCCAGGAGGUAACGCAAGCACAACCGCCACACAAAAUACUCAGCAAUUUCAACAACAGCAACAGAGACUUCGACAACAAAUAUUGAUUCAACAGCAACAAGGUUUAGCACAGCAAGGCAAUAAUCAAGGAAUGGUACAAAACCAGGGACAGGGAAUGAAUCAGCAACAGACGCCUAACCUGGUUGCCCAACUACAACGGCAAAUGCCAAAUCAAGGAAAUAUGAUGGGACAGCAGUAUCCUCAUCAACAACCCCCACCAUACUAAAUAUGUACCAAAUGUAUGUUGGUAUUGCUGAUAUUUAUUUAAUAAAUUAAAAUUUUUGUCAUACAAUUGAAGUCUGAAUGGAUUUUUGUGAAUAAAGCUACGUGAAGAUUGCAGUGCA